AUGGCUCCUACUAAGUGGUUCACCGCGGCGCUGGCAAGCUGCCUCGCCGGAGCAGUCUUGGCUGCGCCAACUGCGACCACCGAUACCCUGAUCGUCAAGCGUGCCAACAUCAACGAUGCGGCAACAGGUUUCGCAAGCCAGAAUGGCGGCACCACCGGCGGCGCCGGCGGGACCACCACCACCGUCUCAUCCUACGCAGCUUUUACGCAGGCAGUCCAGGGCGAUGCAAAGAAGGUGGUCAUUGUGUCAGGAACCAUCACCCAGACUGCGGAUCAAGCCCGAGUUGGCAGCAAUACCAGCAUCAUCGGCAAGGAUGCCAAUGCCAAGCUGGUGAACUUUGGCGUUCUUAUCAAGGGCGCCUCGAAUGUCAUCAUUCGUAACCUGGGCAUCUCCAAAGUUCUGGCUGCCAACGGAGAUGCCAUUGGCAUUCAGAAGUCCAAGAAUGUCUGGGUGGAUCACUGCGAUGUCUCUUCCGAUAUGAACCACGACAAGGACUACUACGAUGGUCUCAUUGACAUCACCCACGCUUCGGACUACGUCACCGUGUCCAACACUUAUAUCCACGACCACUGGAAGGCUUCUCUGAUCGGCCACUCCGACAACAACGGCGCCGAGGAUAAGGGUCAUCUCCAUGUCACCCAGAACAACAAUUACUGGAAGAACAUCCACUCGCGCACUCCCUCGAUCCGCUUCGGCACAGGCCACAUCUACAACAGCUACUUUGAGGUUGACGACGGUAUCAACACCCGCGAUGGCGCCCAGGUCCUGGUGGAAUCGAACGUGUUUGUCGGUUCCAACAAACCCCUCUAUUCGACCGAUGCCGGCUACGCCGUCGCCAAGGACAACGACUUUGGUUCCGGUGCCAACAAGGCCUCCGCUGGUACACUCACUUCUGUCCCGUAUUCGUACUCGCUGCUGGGUUCCAAGAAUGUCAAGAGCGCUGUUGUCGGUAGCGCGGGUCAGACUCUGAAGUUUUGA